AUGUCAGAAUCUGAUCAAUGCCUUGAUCCAUAUCAGUUCCUCCAAAUCAGCCUUAAUCCUGAUGGAACUCUCACUCGCCCUCUUCAUGAUCCACGAACAUCUCCCACUUCGGAUCCCAACCUUCCCAUCUCUGUUCUCACCAAAGAUCUCACCAUAAACCAAUCAAACACCUGGCUCCGAUUAUUCCUACCUCGCAAAGCACUGAAUAAUCAACCCUCCAACAAGUUCCCUCUCAUCAUUUUCUUCCAUGGAAGUGGAUUCAUCCUUUACAGCGCUGCUUCCACUGUUUUCCACGACUUCUGUUCGAGAAUGGCAAACGACGUCGAAGCCGUGGUUGCCUCUGCGGAGUACCGCCUUGCUCCGGAGCACCGGCUUCCGGCUGCUUAUGACGAUGCCGUGGAGGCGCUUCACUGGAUCACAACCAGCCCAGAUGAUUGGUUACGAGAGUUCGUUGACUAUUCCAAUUGUUACGUGAUGGGGAACAGUGCAGGGGGUGCAAUCGCCUACCACGCAGGCCUGCGUGUAGUUGAGGAAGUGAGCGGCGAUCUGGAGCCGAUGAAGAUCAGAGGACUGAUAUUGCGCCAACCCUUCUUCGGUGGGAUCCAAAGGACAGAAUCAGAAAUGAGGCUGGAGAAGAAUCCUGUGAUUCCAUUGUGUGUGAUUGACAUGUUGUGGGAGUUAGCUUUGCCUGUGGGAGCAAACCGUGAUCAUGAGUACAGUAAUCCGAUGGGCGGGGAUUGGCCGGGGAAGAUGGAGAAGAUAAGAGAAGAGGGAUGGAUGGUGAUGGUGAGUGGGAAUGGAGGGGACCCACUGGUUGACGGAGGAAGAGAUUUGGCGACAUUAAUGGAGAAGAAGGGAGUGAAGGUGGUGACUGAUUUUGAGAAGGAAGGCUGUCAUGGGAUAGAGUUCGAGGAUCCUUCAGUGGCUCUGCGAUUCAUUGAAGCUCUCAAACACUUUAUUUCUUCAUCAAAGAAGCAUGGUUGA